GCCUGCGCCUGCGCUCCGCCUGCGCCAAUCCCGCCCGCAAAAAGGCUAAACAACGAGCCUGAAGUCAAUCUGCCAAUCUAACUUAAUAGCAAAUCUCUGCACGCUCCAUCUCGGCGGCGCCAGCUCGACAACUACAAGAAAUGGAGUACUAUUAUUACAUUACUAUCGCUACUAUCACGACUACUAUUACCGACUACUAGUACUACUGCGACCGCUACUGCUGCUCCUCCAGCUGACUGCAACUUGAAUCCGACUGCAGUGUUGCUGUUGCUGUUGCUCUUUUCCUCCCAUCUGCCCCUCCAUCCUCCUUGUCCCUGCUCACACACCACCAUUGCUCCCAGCCUCACCUUCUCACCUCGUCGCUGACGGUCACGCACCGUUUCAACAUACUAUUAGGCUCUCAGCUUGUCGCAGCUGCCUGGGCUUCCACGGCGUCCGUUAGCUUUCCAGCCUCGACCUUUAUGUACACGGCGUCUUCCUCAAUUUCCCGGGUGGGUUGUUGUCUCACAGGUGGAUCUCGCAGUCACGACGCAGGCAUUCUGGAAGCAUCAUAAUAUAGUGCCCACGGCUUGCAAUAGUCCUUAGACUGCGACUUCGUGCCUCACGCUGGAGGCUUUGAGCCCGCUGAAUGCCACAAUGAGUUCUAUACACAGUCAGGAUCCUUGGUUGCGUAACUCGAUCACUCCUUUGCCCUAGACUGUCCCUCGAAGUCUGCCUCUAAUUCCAUUCGCGGCUCCGCGAGCACUUACUGAAACUGCCGGAAGAUCUGACGCGGAGAUGGACCGCCUACAAACCGAGGAUGGACAUGAUUUUAUUCGAUCCCUGGCCCAGUAUAUUCGGCAACAUGAAAAGGCUCUUGCCAACAGCCUGCAGAUGUCCGUCCACAGACGGCAGUCCUCGCUGAACUCGGGGUCGACGAGUAGCUCCAGCGUCAACGGUACUCCUGCGGGCAACACGAACAGUUCAAGCAGUGCUCUGCUUGCCGCUUUCUCCUUUGCUGGGCUCAAUUUUAGGUCCCAUGCCUCGAAAGCCGCCCUCCUGACGCUCACGCCCCAUCACUUGUUUUACUUGCUAUCUAGGAUGGAAGAGCUGGACAUCUCAGUUGGACCGAUGAAUAUCCGUUUCGAAAACCUCAACAGUGAUCCUUCCCCUUCCAACUACGUCUCCUUCCUGCAGUCCCAUAAGCCGUCCAAAGGUCGCAGUGACAAGGACUCCAUACAUUCUGUUUCUAGCAUGCGCAGUGUCAUGUCGGGGAUGAGUACUUUCUGGUCAUCUAUCGGCCUGGGGGGAAACACAUCGAAGAGCGAAAAGGCAAGAGCCGUCACACAAGCGGAUCUGACCUACCUGUAUUCUGCGUUCACGAAACUCCCCUCGCUACGAGUCACCACCGAUCACCGAGCACGCUUGAUUAAAGGGUACGAGGAGUUUCCAUUCGACACUGCAGUCCCGUUAUUCGCUUUUAAGAAUAUCCAACAGUUGGACAUAGUGGAUAUUGACUUCCGCCAAUUCUAUGGAUGGGAUCGCUUGGCGGAGCAGUUGACACUGCUGACUCUCAAACGAGCCAACGUUGACGAUCCGAUCGAACUACUUACAUACAUAGUCCUGGACGAUGCCGAGAAGCGACGCAGGCGAUCAACGAAAGGCGGCCGGAACUCCCCUACUCCAACUGCGUCAUGGACAGUGCCAUCGACGCCACGAGCAGAAUACGCACGAUCAAAUUCUGACCCGGGAUCCCCUGCCGAGGGAAGCCUAGAACAUGAAGACUACAUUGAGUCACCACAAAAGGAUAAACAACCCUCAGGGAGCGUCUCCCCCAAGCGGUCGAGUCCUUCUCGACCAACCAGCUCGUACAGACACGUCCGUACGUAUUCGUCCAAGGUGAAGAGGUCCGGUUCGGGGAGCUCGAAUUCCAGCGAGUAUUCCGGCCAGCCGAAUCGUAGCGACAGCACUUCCAGUCUUCUUAGCUUAAACAUCCUCCCUUCCUCGAAAUGGCAGAGGCUGAAAUACCUGUCGCUGGCCGAUAAUUCAUUGACUACCAUUUCGGCAAGAAGCCUGGCGCCAGUCGCGACAACGCUGCGUUCUCUUAACCUCUCCUCGAACCUCUUCACCGAAAUCCCUGACAGUCUAGCCUGUCUGACCCGAUUGGUGUCUCUCGACUUGUCGAACUGCAUGAUUGGUUCUCUACAGUCUCUGUCAAGAUCGCCCUUACCGGCCGUCCUGACUGUCAACUUGAAGGCGAACCGGCUUCGAUCAUUGGCCGGGGUCGAGCGGCUCCUUUCCUUGGAGCAGUUGAAUGUACAGGACAACCAGCUGUCUGACCACAUGGAAGUGGCCAGACUGACGUGUAUUCCUAACCUGAAGCGUAUAUGGGUCAAGCGUAACCCAUUCACAAAAACUCACUCUGAUUACCGGAUCACGACGUUCAAUUUGUUUCGAAAGACUCCCGGUUAUGUGGAAGAUAUUGUCAUUGACGACUCCGGACCCGGGUAUUCGGAGCGUAAGCAGCUGGUUGAGCGAGCGCCGGAGGUUGAAAGGGACAUCUCUCAGCCGUCGAUACGAAUCGCUGACACGCCAGUGAAUGUUCAAAAUUCUGGAGAGGCAAAGUCAGGCGCUAACCCGCCCGCUGAGGCGGGUGUGACCACUACUCGACGGAAAAAGGCCCCUCGUCGACGAAUCGUGGAUCUGGCCAAGGAUGAAACAUUCGCCCCAAUACCUGGCGAAGAUCUUGUGGCCAAGAGCUCCGCAGAUUCCUCUGGUGCGCACCCACAUCCUCUGCCGGAGAGUGACGAUUCCCCGGUCCCGCCGGCGGCGGCAGCAGCAGCAGCAGCAGAAGAAGUUCUGGCAGAUGAGCCGCAUGAUGGCUCAACGGAGGCGUCAGCCCACCCCUCAGCCGAGGAGCUUAGCCAGCAGGAUGAAUACCGGGCUAAGAUUGAAGCGCUGCGACAGGAGUUCGGCAGUAACUGGCUCAGCGCUCUUGGAGGCCAGAACAACUGGCACAAUAACCAUCACUUGGAAGUGACUCAGGGAAAAAUCCUUGAAAAUACCGCUAUACACCGAACAGGCCAACAAGUCAUGGUCAGCGGCGGAAGAACCCUGGGAUGAAUCUCGGGAUCCGAUCUGCGCAUAGUUCUUUUUUCUCACGUUUUGGGUUGCAAGUUACAUUAUUAGACCGCAUCGGCUGUUUUUCCUGGGUGCGGCGCGUUCGAUGAUAGCAUGCGUUUUUAUACCCUAUGUUUUGAGUUACGAAAGACCAUUCCUUGUUGCGCAAUCUAUCAGAUGGAGGGAAAUGUGACAUGCUCUGUUGGUGCGGUGUCUUGAGCAGACCUUUAAUGCAUAGCGACGGUGCUUUCAAUGGUGUUUCAGUGGAAGGGAUCUGUUGGCAUCUCUUGAGAGAUGAUGCAUGAUGUAUGACUUUGAGAGACACUGCUGUCUGGGAUGGAUCUCCAUUCUACUCCGACUUGAAUGAUAUAUAUUUUUGGCGGGCAACAUAAGGUGGAUCUCCUCGACGUGGAUUCAAUGGAGUACUCCCGCUCUGUCCACGUCGGCACUAUCGAGCAAUCAAACAAGUUUUAAGAUAAGAACUGGAUCUGGCGUCUUCAAGUACCUAGUGUAGGAUUGUAAGGGCAAGCAAGCAAGGAAGACGAUUUGAUGACACAGAACCAAACAUUUUCGGGUGCGCCCUAUAAGGACGAGCUGGCCCGAGGCGCCUCCUGCACCACGCCAGUGUCAGCCUGUUGCAUCGUCCCCGGAAAUGCAGAGAUUCAAACAAAGACUCCGACUCGUCUACCUGGCAGCGACGGGAGAAAAACGUACGAGGAUGGAGGCGAUUGGGCGCUUGCCGGAAACCGUCGCGCGUGGUUGAACGCUUAGCCUGCAUUCCUGUGGCUGCUGGGCGAUUGUGGCGGCCACAACAACAGCAUGAGCAGGAGGUACCUAGGUAUCUACCUAGCGCAAUUGACCAGAUUUCGAAGCCGUCGAGGAGAGGAGAGGAGACGGGAUGCAUCUCAACGUGGAAUUCAGACAGGGACAUGGCGGAAGUAAAUGAUAAAGGAUAAUAAAUCUACCUACGACAACAGCAAUACCAACGUUUAAGGUAAACCACAGGUCCCUCGAAGGUCCAGAACAGGGCUCCCUAGGCUGCGAUA